AUGGCGAACCUAAAUUUUGCUUACUCGAGCGCGAAAAUGCGCACCAUUCAAGAAAUUCAGUUCGGCGUUUUCUCUCCCAAAGAGACUGAGCGACUUGCUGUCGUUGAUGUCAUCUAUCCAGACACAAUGGAUGAGCAGCGUCUGCGUCCUCGUGAAAGAGGCCCUAACGAUCCUCAUCUCGGUACUGUCGACCGCAACUUCAAGUGCUCAACAUGUGAGGAGAACAUGGCUGAAUGCCCUGGUCACUUCGGUGUGAUCAAGUUGGCUGAGCCUGUCUUUCAUCACGGGUUCAUGGGCAAGGUCAAGAAAGUCUUAGAAACUGUUUGCCACAAUUGCGGCAAAAUCAAGGCGCUUGAGAAUGAAGAGUAUCGCCAGGUCAUGAAGAUCAAGAACGGCAAGAAUCGAUUCGAGCGUCUGUGGCGUCUGAGUAAGCCCCGCAUGAUUUGCGAACCUUCACCCCAGGUGGACGAACAGAACCUGAAGGGCCCCCAACUGCCCGACCAUGGAGGUUGUGGCAAUGUUCAGCCUUCAUUACGUAAGAAAGGUCUCACGCUUGAGGCGCAUUUCAAGAAGGGCAAGAAUGACGAUGAAGAUGGUCGAGGAGAGGAGGUCACCCGCAUCACUGCUCGAAAGGCUCUCGAAAUCCUUGAUCUCCUAACCGACAACACCAUCGAUCAGCUGGGCUUAAACAAGGACUAUGCAAGACCCGAGUGGUUCAUCUUACAAUCCCUUCCUGUCCCCCCACCGGCAGUGCGUCCUAGUGUGAGCCCUGACGGUUCUGGGUCUGGCCCUCGAUCUGAAGACGAUUUGACCUUCAAACUGCAAGAUAUCAUCAAAGCGAACCAGAGUGUAGUGCGGUGCGCUGCCGACGGCACCCCUCAAUCCGUCAAGACGGACCUCGUGGAUUUGCUGGAAUUUCACGUCAAUACCUACAUGGACAAUGAGAUUGCUGGUAUCAGUCCAUCCCAACACAAAAGCGGGCGUCCUGUCAAGGCCAUCCGAGCUCGACUGAAGGGAAAAGAAGGUCGCCUGCGACAGAAUCUGAUGGGAAAGCGUGUCGACUUUUCUGCCCGUACUGUCAUCACUGGUGAUCCAAAUUUGUCCCUCGACGAAGUCGGUGUUCCUCGCAGCAUCGCCAAGAACUUGACUUACCCGGAAACGGUGACUCCCUUCAAUAUCGAACGUUUGAAGCGCUAUGUUGCAAAUGGUCCAUCUGAGCACCCAGGCGCACGAUAUGUCAUUCGCGAGACUGGGGAGCGUAUUGACUUGCGUCACGCCAAGAGACUGGGUGAAAUCAAUCUCAACUACGGCUGGAAAGUCGAGCGUCACAUCAUCGAUGGAGAUAUCAUUCUCUUCAAUCGUCAACCUUCGCUACACAAAGAGUCGAUGAUGGGACAUCGAGUACGCGUCAUGCCCUACUCGACUUUCCGUCUCAAUUUGUCUGUUACUUCACCCUACAAUGCCGAUUUCGAUGGUGAUGAGAUGAAUUUGCACGUUCCUCAAAGUCAAGAGUCGAGGGCAGAGCUUCAGCAGUUGUGUAUGGUGCCUCGAAACAUUGUCUCGCCACAGAAGAACUCUCCUUUGAUGGGUAUUGUGCAGGACACUCUUUGCGGUGUCUACAAGAUAACGAGCCGUGACAUCUUUCUGUCCAAAGAGCAAGUCAUGAACAUCAUGCUUUGGGUACCUGAGUGGGAUGGUAAGAUUCCUCAACCUGCGAUACUCAAGCCCACUCCACGAUGGACUGGUAAGCAGAUUGUCAGCUUGGUCAUGCCCAGCAAUCUCAACCUUCGCAAGAUGAAGUCCGAUGCUCAGGAGCACUGGAUCUCCCCUAAUGACGAGGACGUCAUUAUUCAGCAAGGCCAGCUUGUUUUGGGUAUGCUCGCUAAGAAACAUGUCGGUGCAGGUGCAGGUGGUGUGAUCCAUCUCAUCUUCAAUCAGAACGGUCACGAGGCUGCCAUGGCCUUCUUCAAUGGCGCUCAGGUGGUUGUGAACUACUGGCUCUUGCACAAUGGUUUCAGUAUCGGUAUUGGUGAUACUAUUCCCGAUCCUGAUACUGUCCAGAAAGUCCAGAAUGCUGUCAGUAAGCAGAAGGCCAUUGUCGAAAAGACAACCCAACUCGCCUACAACAACAAACUGGAGCCCCUGCCCGGUAUGAACGUUCGUCAGACCUUUGAGAGCCAGGUCAUGUCUGACCUCAACAAGGCCCGAGAUUUGGCUGGUGGUGAUGCACAAAACAGCCUGAAGGAUCUCAACCACUUGGUGCAGAUGGCUCGUUCUGGCUCUAAAGGUUCGAUGAUCAACAUUGCUCAGAUCAUGGCUAUCGUUGGUCAACAGGCCGUCGAAGGCAAGCGUAUCCCUUUCGGCUUCAAGUACCGAACCCUUCCUCACUUCUCCAAAGACGACUACUCGUCGACAUCGCGAGGUUUCAUUGAGAACUCCUACCUUCGUGGACUUACACCACCAGAGUUCUUUUUCCACGCCAUGGCUGGCCGUGAAGGUCUUAUUGACACAGCUGUCAAAACUGCUGAGACUGGUUACAUCCAGCGAAGACUUGUUAAAGCACUCGAGGAAGUCUGCGUCAAGUACGAUGGCACUGUCCGAGAUUCAAGAGGGAACGUCAUGCAGUUUGUGUAUGGUGAAGAUGGCCUCGACGGUGCUCACAUUGAGUCUCAGAGGGUCGAUAUCAUCGUCUCUUCGACCGCCGCUUUUGAGCAUGCCUACAAAGUAGAUCUCAUCAACAACGGACCAAAGCAGUGGCGUGGCAAGCUAGUGCAAGCCAAGGAACUCACUGGUAAUUCAGAACUCCAAGAUCUCUUCGAUCGCGAGUUUGAUGAGUUGUCCAAGGCUCGAGAGAUCUUCCGAAGUUUGAAUGCAAACACGACCGAGGGUGCUGAGGAGCAGUUCAAUCUGCCACUCAAUGUCGAUCGUCUUAUCGAGCAAGCUGAAGCGAAUUUCAAAAUUCGUCGUGGUGACAAGACAGAUCUGGAUCCGAAGUAUGUACUUGAGACUGUUGAGGCACUCAUGACCCGACUUCCGGUCAUUCGUGGCGACGAUGAACUGUCCAAAGAGGCCCAAGAAAACGCCACAAUUUUCGUUCGCGCUCAGCUAAGGUCGAAGCUAGCCUACAAACGCCUUGUUUUAGUGCACUCUCUCAGCAGAAUGGCUUUUGACAAUGUCGUUGGGAGCAUUGAAAGCCGAUGGCUUGCCGCCCAAGUCUCCCCAGGCGAGAUGGUUGGUGUCCUUGCUGCUCAGUCUAUUGGUGAGCCGGCCACUCAGAUGACUCUUAACACCUUCCAUUUCACUGGUGUUUCCGCCAAGAACGUCACACUGGGUGUGCCUCGUCUGAAGGAAAUUCUCAAUGUGUCUACCAAUAUCAAAACUCCCGCGAUGACCGUCUACCAGGAGCCCAAGAACGUUCACAGUCAGGACGCUGCCAAUGCUUUACGUAGCAGAAUUACUUUUACUGCUCUGAGCUCGAUCGUCGACUCGUGGGAAAUCUGGUACGAUCCAGUCCUUACGACCACCAUCAUCCCCGAGGAUUUCGAUUUUGUCGACUCGUACUACCUUCUUGAAGACGACACCGCGGAGAGUCUCGAAGGCACUCAGUCCAAAUGGCUUCUUCGAAUCAUUCUCAGUAGAGAAAAGUUGCUUGACAAAGAUCUAACCAUUAACGACGUCGUUAACAAGAUGAAGGACGAACACAAAACUGCCAUCUCCAUCCUUGCUAGUGAUCAGAACGCUGCGGUACCUAUCAUUCGAGUCCGUCUCUCAGGCGAUGCGUUCGCUUCAAUGUUCGAUACCGAUGACAAGGACUCAGACGCUCAGCAGCAUGACGAGAUUCUUCGUCGUUUCAUGAAUAGCAUGCUCGAGAAUCUUGUCUUCCGUGGUGUAUGGGGUGUUGAACGAGCCUUCAUUGACAAAAAGAGCCGAUCCAAGGUUAUGCCUGAUGGUUCCGUUAUGUUGAAGAAGGAAGACCCUGAGUUUGUUGAGCAUACCCUAGAAACGAGCGGAAGUGCUUUCAAGAAAGUCCUUGGCAUUGAAGGUGUUGAUGCGACGCGAACUUACACUAAUAAGUUCACUGAAGUGUUUGAAGUGCUUGGUAUUGAAGCCUGUCGAAGCGCCAUCUAUCGCGAACUCAAGAACGUUCUGUCUUUCGAUGGCAGCUAUGUCAAUGCACGACACAUGGGUAUUCUUUGCGAUGUCAUGACCAACAGAGGUUAUGUCAUGCCUAUCACACGUCAUGGUAUCAACCGCUCUGAUACUGGCGCACUGAUGCGUUGCUCCUUCGAGCAGACUGUCGAGAUUCUACUCGAAGCCGCAGCUGCAGCAGAGCUUGACGACUGCCAAGGUGUUUCAGAGAACCUCAUUCUUGGACAACCAGCUCCUGUGGGUACAGGCGUCAUGGACAUCCUACUCGACCAGAACCUGCUGGCUACCGUGGUCGAUAACCGAGGCCUUCAAAUUGGUGUCAAAGGUAGAGAUAUGUUGCAAGACGGAGCGGCGACACCAUACGAUAGUGGUACGCCUAUGCAUGACAGCGGAGCUCUCGGCUCACCCGAUUACAACUCGGCCUUUUCGCCUAUCAGUGCACAGACCGAAGCUCCUGGUGGCUUUACAGACUAUCAACCAGGUGGCUUUGGAAGUGGUGGCGGCUUCAGUCCGUACGGUCGCAGCCCCGGUGCUUAUUCGCCUUCUGGGUAUGGUACGAGCCCCGUUUCGCCCAUGUACUCGCCUGGAGGAGGUGCUGGUUAUUCACCGUCCUCGCCACAAUUUGGAGCUACAAGCCCGGCGUAUGGCGCGACCUCGCCAGCCUUCUCACCAAGCAGUCCUGCAGGUUACAGUCCAGCCUCACCUGUCUACUCUCCCACGUCACCAAGUUUCAACUCUCCCUCUUCGCCGAGCUACUCUCCAUCAUCGCCAACCUAUUCGCCGACAUCUCCUGCAUAUCGCGGGUCUGGUUCAAAGGGUUCUCCUACUUCACCAAGUUAUUCGCCGACAUCGCCAAGUUUCAGUCCUACGUCGCCCUCCUCGCCAUCUUCGCCACAAUAUAGUCCCACAUCACCACAAUACAGCCCUACCAGCCCACAGUUUUCGGCUGCUCGUCGACAAUCUCCCGCCUCACCACAGUAUAGUCCGACAUCGCCUCAAUACAGCCCAACUAGUCCGACCUCACCAACGAGUCCAGGAUAUUCUCCUACUAGCCCGGUGUACAAUGCUUCUCCUAGAAGCCCAGGCACUGGUGCACGCAGCCCUCAAUACUCUCCGAACAGUCCAAACUAUUCUCCUACUUCUCCACAAUCGCCAAAGGAGGAUUAG